AUAAGAGAGUUCUGGCCUCGCUAGCUGCUUCCGGGUGGGGGUCUUCGGCCUCCCCUAGGCGAGGCCUGGGUCUGGAGGCUGGGGGUCCUCGCGUGCCUGCCACGCUCGCCGCCUCCCACCUGCCCUGGCUGGCUGAGGCCCGAGCAUUGCGUCGCUCCCAAGCCCAAGUUACGGACUCAGGGGCUCCGGCUGCCCGCGCGGAACAAGGCCCGCCACAACGCCCGCCCCUCCGCCGGCUGUUUUGGACUCUCCCGGCUUCCGGCUUCCGGCUUCCGGCUUCCGCUUUCCGCAGCGGUCACGUGCCUCCUACCACGUGACCGACGCUCUGUCAUCCUCUUGCGGCCGCGCUGGUUUCCUUCUACCUGUGCUGCCCUCAACGACUCCUUGGUGCGGGACCCGCUUCACUUUUCGCUCCCGGAGUCUCUCGCUGCUGCUUAGACCUCCGGAACUGACAGGAGACGCCGCCUUGGCUCUGACUCGGCGCCCCAGCCCGGCUGUGGCCCCGGAGCCCCGGACCGCCGCACGCUCCCUGCCGGCUUUGGGUGCAUUGUGGGGUCCCCAGGGUUCGCGAGAUCUGUUAAAAGACAUUCAAGGUUACAGUUUAGAUGACCAAAAUGGAUAUCCGCGGUGCGGUGGAUGCUGCUGUCCCAACCAACAUUAUUGCUGCCAAGGCUGCAGAAGUUCGUGCAAACAAAGUGAACUGGCAAUCUUAUCUUCAGGGACAGAUGAUUUCUGCUGAAGAUUGUGAGUUUAUUCAGAGGUUUGAAAUGAAACGAAGUCCUGAAGAGAAGCAAGAGAUGCUUCAAACUGAAGGCAGCCAGUGUGCUAAAACAUUUAUAAAUCUGAUGACUCAUAUCUCCAAAGAACAGACUGUUCAGUAUAUACUCACGAUGGUGGAUGAUAUGCUGCAGGAAAAUCAUCAGCGUGUUAGCAUUUUCUUUGACUAUGCAAGACGUAGCAAGAACACUGCGUGGCCCUACUUUCUGCCAAUGUUGAAUCGACAGGAUCCCUUCACUGUUCAUAUGGCAGCAAGAAUUAUUGCGAAGUUAGCUGCUUGGGGAAAAGAAUUGAUGGAAGGCAGUGACUUAAAUUACUACUUCAACUGGAUAAAAACUCAGCUGAGUUCACAGAAACUGCGUGGUAGCGGUGUUGCUGUUGAAACAGGAAUGGUCUCUUCAAAUGAUAGUUCGCAGUACGUACAGUGCGUGGCUGGGUGUUUGCAGCUGAUGCUCCGGGUCAACGAGUACCGCUUUGCUUGGGUGGAAGCAGAUGGGGUAAAUUGCAUAAUGGGCGUGUUGAGUAACAAGUGUGGCUUUCAGCUCCAGUAUCAAAUGAUUUUUUCAAUAUGGCUCCUGGCAUUCAGUCCUCAAAUGUGUGAACACCUGCGGCGCUAUAAUAUCAUUCCCGUUCUGUCUGAUAUCCUUCAAGAAUCUGUCAAAGAGAAAGUAACAAGAAUCAUUCUUGCAGCGUUUCGUAACUUUUUGGAAAAAUCGACUGAAAGAGAAACUCGCCAAGAAUAUGCUCUGGCUAUGAUUCAGUGCAAAGUUCUGAAACAGUUGGAGAACUUGGAACAGCAGAAGUACGACGAUGAAGAUAUCAGCGAAGAUAUCAAAUUUCUUUUGGAAAAACUUGGAGAGAGUGUCCAGGACCUUAGUUCAUUUGAUGAAUACAGUUCGGAACUUAAAUCUGGAAGGUUGGAGUGGAGUCCCGUGCACAAAUCUGAGAAAUUUUGGAGAGAGAAUGCCGUGAGAUUAAAUGAGAAGAAUUAUGAACUCUUGAAAAUCUUGACAAAACUUUUGGAGGUGUCAGAUGAUCCCCAAGUCUUAGCUGUUGCUGCUCAUGAUGUUGGAGAAUAUGUGCGGCAUUAUCCACGAGGCAAACGGGUCAUCGAGCAGCUCGGUGGGAAGCAGCUUGUCAUGAACCACAUGCAUCACGAAGACCAGCAGGUCCGCUAUAACGCUCUGCUGGCCGUGCAGAAGCUCAUGGUGCACAACUGGGAAUACCUUGGCAAACAGCUCCAAUCCGAGCAGCCGCAGACCGCUGCCGCCCGAAGCUGAACCUGCCCUUUGGCCCUGCCCUCACCUCCGCCUCCCACAGGAGUGGGAGCACUGGUGUUUAGAGCCACCAGUGAAUACUAUUUGACUUUACUUGUAAUUUCCUCUGUUACGUGGCUUUUCCCAAUGCUGAUUUCCUGUAAACAAACAAACAAAAAAGUGUUUGCCUGUUAAGUUGUAUAAAAGUAGGUGAUUCUGUGUCUAAGGAAAGUAUUACCGUUACAUAUACUGCCUUCAAGUUCUGUAUUUAUGUUCUCUCGAAAUAAAAAUAGUUAUUAAAGGGUUCUCGCUCCAAA